AUGGCGAAGAAGGCUAUGAGCAAGGGCAAGGACAAGGCCAAGGGCAAGGACAAGGCCAAGGGCAAGAAGGGCAAGAAGGGCAAGAAGGUUUCCAAGGCCGAGAAGCACGCUGCGGCCGAGAAGAUCCAGGCCUCGGUCCGCGGGUACGAGAACCGCAAGGACGCCGAGAAGCGGGCAAAGAAGGCCUCCAAGGGCAAGGGCAAGGGCAAGGACAAGGGCAAGGGCAAGAAGGGCAAGCGCUCGCGCGGCUCGACGUCGUCUGACGACUCGUCGACCGACGCCGACUCGUCGUACGCAUCGUCGGACUCGGACUCGGCCUCGGCCUCGGACUCGGCCUCAGACUCCGCGUCGGACGACUCGGCCUCGGCGUCAUACUCGGACGACUCGGCCUCGGACGAGUAUUCGGGCGCUUCGUCGUCGAGCUCGUGAACUGGAUGGUGAACAAAGGUCUGUGCAGGCAGGCAAGGCAGACUCAGCUUUAUCUCAAACAAACGAGCGGCAGAGGCAGG